CAACAUGUGCUGACCAUAAUAACUCUUACACAUCAGCAAGGAGAGACACGCAGCCACGAUACGAGAAGGAGCCGAGGACACGCACCGACCGCUGGACAUUCACACACUGUACUGUUUCCUUCUGUUUUUUCACCACAUCAUGAAAAGAGAGGUGAAGGCUGGAGUCAACUUCCUCAAACGCCUGGUUGUGGCACGUGGCAAGCUCGAUGAAGCCAAAGCAGAAUUGUUUUCUGAGAAGCUGCAGAAACUUUUAUGUGACAAAUAUGAGGGUCACUGGUACCCCGACUGCCCCAGCAAAGGGCAGGCAUACAGAUGCAUUCGUGUAAAUAACGGCGUGCUCUGCGAUGAAGUGGUCCUGAAGGCAUGUGAGGAGAGUGAGCUCACAGCCAUUGAGCUGGGCCUACCGCCUGAGAUCACAGUGUGGAUCGACCCACUGGAGGUGUGUGCGAGAUCUGGAGAGAACAGCAGGCCCUUCACUAUAACCAGUUUCGAAGACGAAGAGGAGGGGAGGGAAGGCAUGAAGGGAGAACAGGAUGACUCGAUAAACCUGGACACGUCAGAUUACCACUCUGCUACCUCUUCAGAUUGUGGUUCCACCGCGUCGAGUGACACGGAGGAGGAGGCAAGGGAGGGCGCGAUGGAGGGAGAGCAAGAAAAAGAGGAGAAGGAAGUUGUCAAGAAGGAUGCGGCAGAAGGCGACACCUACACAAUAAUGAUGGUACCCAGGAUUCGCAAGCGACAGGGAGAAGGACCAAAUAAGAUCAAAUACGUCAGAAAUUUGCUCCCUGCUAGCCUCCAGUACUAUUACCACCCUGCACCAGUUUGGCCUCAGUACAAGAAGGGCGCUCCAGUGUUCCUCACCACAGUGUGCGCACCUCCGGCUCCACCGCCUCCGCCCCAGCAGGUAUUUGGCUACUACAUCUUGCCGCAGCCAUCUCCGCAGUUCAUCCUGCCUCAGGCCAGUCUGCAGCCGUGGGGAGCUGUGAAGGGUUAGACCAUCCAGGAACCCGUGGGGUGAAGGCGGAUAGAGCAUUAUAAGCUCCUUCAACUGAGCCGUUUCCUGUCAGGUCUCUGAGUUCAGCUAAACCUGGGCCAAAAAGAACAUUUUCACUGUAUAGCUCACUGUUGUUCCUUGCACAACCUGUAAUAAUUCGUCUCUCCUUUUGAAUUCCAUUGCAUUGUAAUUGAUUACUUGUACUCAGCACAGAGAUACCACUGAACUUGUGUGAAAACUGUUUCCUGUUAAGUCUGCACUGCUAAUGUUUUUUUUUUUUUUUUUACAUACUGUACACAUUAAGAAUGACUUCAGUCACCGGGUGCUUGGACUAACUCAGGGACUCUCAGCAAUAUGCUCAAUGCCAAAUAAUUGUCUUUUCAGGUGUUAUUUCUAUUAAUUCAAUCUCUGUCAGUUUCACCAGAUGUGGUCCACUGUGUGUACUUCACAGUUAAUCAAUGUAAAAUGUGAUUCAGGGUUUUAUCUAUUGUAGCUAGAGUGACAAAAUCUGUAUAUUAAGAAGAAUAUUUUUACUAAACUGCUUGUAAAUAAUAGAGAACUUAGAUACCACACACUUUCUAAUAUUAGUCUUUUUGUCUUAAUUUAUUUGGCCACCAGUGGAUGGCGCUCAACUCACAGCUAAUACAUGAAAUUGUAUUUUUUAUUUUUUUUUUUAUUAACAGUUGCUGCUGAAUAUUGCAAAUCUAACUUCACAGAACACAAGCGUGGUUUUAAACUGCUUAAACUCUUUCUGCUGUCAACAAAAUGCAAAGACAUGCUUCUUAUUCAGGUGAAAUUUAGGGGCUGCUUAAAGCUGUGUUUAAAAGAAAAAAAAUAAAGUUUUAAAGUUUUUGAAAAUCCGCUACCAGUAUAUAUUCUGAAUACAAUCACAUUUCACUCACUGAUUCUUAUGUACUGCGAUUAUUUAAUUAUUUGGAUGUAUAUUUAUUUACUGCCCAUGCAGCUUUGAAGCUCAUCUGCCUACUUAAACAUUGUUUUUCUUUUGCAUUUACUUUUUUUUUUUUUUUACUGCAAUGGAUUAAAUCAC